CUUGCUGAGUGACCGUGUUGGAGUCAGUGCUUUCAGUUUUAGUCUGUUUCUUUGCAUAGUUUGUUGAUCAUUAGGUUUCUGAAGAAACUGCGGUACUUUCUAGGAAAUUGGAGGGGUCAAAUAAAAGGCCAAAUUGCCAGUGAAAGAGACACCAGUACAGUGAAACUCAGAAGAGGGAAUAGGAGAAGCACUUACAGCUUUCUCAUUGAAGCUGCUGUCUUCCCAACUCUAAUGGAUCUCUGUUCCAGGCAAGGUGACACCCUGGACAUGGCCUCCGAGAUCCACAUGCCAGGCCCAGUGUGCCUCAUUGAGAACACUAAAGGGCAACUGGUGCCUAAUCCAGAAGCUUUGAAGAUCCUGUCUGCCAUUAAGCAGCCUCUUGUCGUGGUGGCUGUUGUGGGUCUCUACCGCACAGGCAAAUCCUACCUGCUGAACAAGCUGGCUGGGAAGAACAAGGGCUUCUCUCUGGGCUACACGGUGCAGUCUCACACCAAGGGAAUCUGGAUGUGGUGUGUGCCUCACCCCGAGAAGCCAAGCCACACCCUCGUUCUGCUUGACACUGAGGGCCUGGGGGAUGUAGAGAAGGAUGACAACCAGAAUAACUCCUGGAUCUUUGCCCUGGCAAUACUCCUGAGCAGCACCUUUGUCUACAACAGCGUGGGGACCAUCAACCAGCAGGCCAUAGACCAACUGCACUAUGUGACAAAACUGACAGAACGAAUCAGGGCAAAAUCCUCACCUGGUGACAGUGAGGUUAAAGACUCAGCUGACUUCGUGAGCUUCUUUCCAGACUUCGUGUGGGCUCUGAGGGAUUUCUCCCUAGAGCUAGAAGCCAAUGGGCAACCCAUCACUGCUGAUGAGUACCUGGAGCUGUCACUAAAACUAAAGCAAGGUACUAAUAUAAAAACUGAAAGCUUUAAUGAACCUCGGUUCUGCAUCCGAAAGUUCUUCCCAAAGAAAAAGUGUUUCAUCUUCGACCGUCCGACUCAGAGGAAGUACCUUGCCCACCUGGAGAAGCUACAGGAGGAAGACCUGAAUCCUGAAUUCAGAGAACAAGUAGCAGAUUUCUGCUCCUACAUCUUCAAAUCUUCCAAGACCAAGACUCUCUCAGGCGACAUCACUGUCAAUGGACCUCGACUGGAGAGCCUGGUGCUGACCUAUGUCAAUGCCAUCAGCAGUGGGGAUCUGCCCUGCAUGGAGAAUGCAGUCCUGGCCUUGGCCCAGAUUGAGAACUCAGCCGCCGUGAAAAAGGCCAUUGCCCACUAUGACCAGCAGAUGCGCCAGAAGCUGCGGCUGCCCACUGACACCCUCCAGGAGCUUCUGGACCUGCACAGGGCCAGUGAGAAAGAGGCCAUUAAAGUCUUCAUGAAGAAUUCUUUCAAGGAUGUGGACCUAAAGUACCAGGAGGAAUUGAGGAUCUGUUUGGUAGCAAAACAAGAUGACUUUUGUAAGCAGAACGUGAAAGCAUCAUCAGAUCAUUGCGUGGCCUUACUUCAGCAUAUUUUCAGCCCUUUAGAAGAAGAUGUGAAGAGGGGAACAUUUGCUAAACCAGGAGGCUAUUAUCUCUUUCUUCAGAAGAGACAGGAGCUGACAAAUAAGUACUAUCAGGUGCCCAGAAAGGGGAUACAGGCAGAAGAGACACUGAGGAAAUACUUGGAGUCCAAGCAGGAUGUGGCUGAUACACUUCUAAAGACUGAUCAGUCACUCACAGAAAAGGAAAAAGAGAGUCAAGUGCAACGUGUGAGGGCUGAAUGUGCAGAAGGUGCCCAAAAAAUGUUGGACGAAAUGCAAAAGAAGAAUGAGCAGAUGAUGGAAGAGAAAGAAAAGAGUCAUCUGGAAUAUGUGAAACAGCUGACUGAGAAGAUGGAGAAGGACAAGACCGAGUUCCAGGCCGAGCAACAGAGGAUUCUAGAACUUAAACUUCAGGAACAGGCACGGCUUUUCGAGGAGAGAUUCCAGAAAGUUCAAAAUGAAAAAGAAGCCAAUGAGAGGAAAACAGGAAAUAAUACUAACAAUGUCCAUAUAUGUAACAUACUCUAAAAAUCCAAGGAACAUAAUUUCCUAACCAGCUCUCCUCCCCUCCGCUAGGAAUGAGUUAAACGAGCAACUUCAUAACAUCAAACAAUUGCCACUAAAAUAAAGUUAAAAUCAUGA